CAAGCUUAAAAUGGAUGAAGCGUUGCUAAGAUUUCAUAAUGAACUACCAUACAACAUUAGUGUUCUCUACACAUCAGAUUACUGUUAUAAGUGUCUUUAUCAGCCACUUGCCACUGUUGGGGAUAGACAGCAAAAUGUUUCUGUCGUGGUACAAACUUCAUUCAGAUUGACAUUAAAAAUCAUUGAUAUAAACAGCACUUUGUGCAGUCUGAGUCAGACAUUUGAGGAAGCUGGCCAUUAUUCUCUCAGGAUGAGGCCGUCUGGCUUGUUAAAUGAUGUAACCUGUUCUUUCUCCGUGGACAAGAGUCCGAACAAUGCCUACCUGCCUCUCUUGGUGGCAUUCUUGAUUUUGGCUAUUGCUGCUGUCUUUUGGGCCUCUUUACCGUGUAUAAUCAGAUGUAGCUGUACACAGAGGCUUAAGAAUCAUAUCUGCUGUCAAGAGUCCCAGCACUCCAUGGAAAGUGAGGAUGCCACUACUGAACCUAGCAUGCAUCAAAACGAACCAAAGUCAACAAGACUGAAGUCAUUAGACACAUUUCGUGGAUUCUCUCUGACAGUCAUGGUGUUUGUGAACUAUGGAGGAGGUGGAUACUGGUUUUUCGACCAUGCCCCUUGGAAUGGUCUUACAGUAGCUGAUCUUGUGAUGCCUUGGUUUGUGUUUGCCAUAGGUACUUCUGUAGUGCUGUCCUUCAGCUCAAUGCAUAGGAAAGGUGUUUCACGUCUGCAGCUCCUUCGCAAGUUAUCCUGGAGAACCGUAGUCCUGAUGCUCAUCGGGUUUUGCUUCAUAAACUACAGCCCGAGAGAUGGCUUAUUGUCCUGGUCCUGGUUAAGGAUUCCCGGAGUACUCCAGCGUUUGGGUUUCACAUAUUUUGUCUUGGCACUGAUGCAAACUUUCUCACCCCGUAGAGUGAUCCCUUUGAAGGAGCAUCACUGGUGGAACCCUGUUCAGGACGUGGUUCUGUACUGGCCCGAAUGGCUCUUCAUUACCUUACUGGAAGUCAUGUGGCUGUGCAUCACAUUCUUACUGCCUGUUCCAAACUGCCCCACUGGAUAUUUGGGGGCUGGUGGGAUUGGAGAUAAUGGUCAGUAUUCCAACUGUACAGGAGGAGCAGCCGCUUAUAUAGACAGAUGGUUGUUGGGGGACAGAAUAUAUUGGCAUCCAACCUGCAAGGCUUUGUAUCAUACCACACAGCCCUUCGACCCAGAAGGUGUUCUGGGUACAAUCAAUUCCAUAGUUAUGGGCUUCUUUGGGAUGCAGGCUGGAAAGAUUCUUCUGUUUUUCCGCGAAUUGAAUCGCAGUAUCCUGACACGAUUUCUGGUGUGGGCCCUCAUCCUGGGAAUCUCUGCAGCCAUCCUUUCUAAGUGCACAAGAGACGAAGGAUUUAUACCUGUCAAUAAAAACCUUUGGUCUCUGUCAUAUGUGACGUGCAUGGGCUUCAUGUCCUUUGUGUUGCUAGGUGUGAUGUUCUUUGUCAUGGAUGUUAAGAAAUGGUGGGGAGGACAACCUUUCAUUUAUCCUGGAAUGAAUUCCAUUUUUGUUUAUGUGGGUCAUUCUCUACUGGGCUUUUACUUCCCCUUUAACUGGGAGAUGCGUUUUCAGGACAGCCACUGGGAGAAGCUCUUCCAAAGCCUGUGGGGUACUGCACUCUGGGUCUUCAUCGCUUACCUGCUGUACCGCAAGAAAUUCUUUCUCAAAAUCUGAUGCUGCUGAUCUUUAGUGUAAUAUUGUGUUACUGUAUAAUCUGUCCAGGAUGAUGUUUUUUGAUACUGAACAAGACAAUCUUACAUCAUCAAGAACAUCACUGAUAUUUUCAUUGUAUUAAGUUAUUUUACGAGUAUCUCUGAUAUCUGUGUGGUCCUGUGUUCAAUUAGUUAAUAGGCAUAUGAGCUGAGACCACAAGAUCAGAUUUACUGUCUUCCUUGGACACCUGCAAUGUUUUAUUUGAUGUCAGUUGUGUUAAGAACUGAAUGUAGUGAUUAAAUCAAAUUCACUGAA